AAAAUUGUUCUUCACUCUUCACCACUCACCAGUAAAAAAAUCUGUAAAAAGGCAAUUACUGUUACUAUUACUACUACAGAGUACUGAGUAAAGUUACUACUGUACUAAACAUUUUAUAAAAUUGAGCGGCAAAUAGAUUCUGGGUAAGUUUAUGCCUCCUUUUUUUUAGCAGAUCUACAUAAUAUUUUUCUCAUUUUUUCACCCAAAAAAUACUCAUUUAAUUCAUCCCCAGAAAAAAAAAUUUAAAAAUUUAAGUGAGAGAAAGCAGAAAACCAUAGCCUAAAACACAGCUUAAGCUAAUCCCGAGUCAUUAAUAUUGUAGUAGUAAUUAGUUAGAGAGAGAAAAAAACUUUUUGCCAUUUUUAGUUUUUUAACUGGAAAAAGCUCAAAACUUUCACAUUAUCUGCAAAAUUUAACAUCUGGGUUUUGUUAAUUCCUGUUAAUUUUUACUUGGGUAUUUUUUUAAUUUUUAAUUUUACUGAAAAAAACUACAUUUUUUUCCCAUAAUUUUUGCAGAUCGACCUCCCUUCCACCCUUUUUUCUCUCUCUAGUAUUAUCUUGGUUGUUUGGAUAGCGCGUAUAAAAAAUUUCUGGAUUCACACAACACAGUAUAUAAUAAAACAGAGAGAGAGAGAAAGAAAGAAAGAGGAGAGAGAAAAAGAGGUGAAAUAAUUUAUUUGAAAAUUGAGCAUUAAAUACACAGCAUCUACUGCUAUUACACUACAUUAGUAAUUGCAGAGGUGAUAGGAAAGUGAGUAAUAAAAACUUUCAUUUGUUUUGUUUAAGUAUAAUGUUUCAAUCAGUACUACAACAAGUAUAUUAUAACGACUUCAUUUAAACAAAAUCUUUGAUUUUCCUGAUUUUCUUGGUUUUCUGGGUUUAUAAGAUUGUAUAGAGGAAGUAAGAGAGAGAUUGAAGAAGAAAAAUUCCCAAAUUUUGAAUCUUUAUAUUUUUUUAGUGUUGUGAAACUUUUCUGGGGUUUCUUUUUUUUUUUGCUCAAUCUCAGUGGUUCAAAGUUCGAACUUCAAAAUCUCAGUUGCCACCCUCAGGGAUGCAUCUUGUAAUAGGUGUUAGAAUUCACGGUGAUGCAAUGGCGAUGUAGUAGACUUGAUUAUACAAAGAUACUUGUAGAUUUUAUUCAGCAGUUGUAUUGAAAUACAAAAGGUUGCGUUUGUAGGAUUCGCGGUAGUAUAAAAUGUCAAGGCCUCUCCAAAGAGGCAUAUCUGGUGAGCAACGGCGUCUUUCUGUUGGUAGCAAUCAUGCUUCUUGGGAUUCCCAGGACUCUCAAAUGAAAGAAAAAACAGAAAAGGAUGAUACUCGAGCUGGUCGUUCGUUGUCUGACCAAAGCUAUUCUUCAGUAAAGUUACCCUUUCGAUUAAAUUCUUCAGAUAAUGCCCCAUCAAAGUUGGGUGUUAAUGAAAAUGGUUUUACAACAGAAUUGUUUAGUGGUGGAAGUCCAAGAAGUCGGCAUAAGCUAACUUUGCUUCUUCUUAGAACCAGUUUAGUUCUUAUAGUGAUUCUUGCUUUAACCGGGUCAUUUUGGUGGACAAUAUCAAUUACUGCAUCAUCAAGAGGUCACAUUUACCAUAGUUAUAGGAGGAUGCAAGAGCAGCUCGUCUCAGAUCUUACAGCCAUCAGUGAUCUAUCUCAAGGGCCAGCAAAAUUGAGAGAAUUGGAUUUCUGUUCUAAGAAAGAUGAAAAUUUUGUGCCUUGCUACAAUGUGUCAGAAAGCUCGGCUUUAGGUUAUGCUGAUGGCGAUGAAUUUGAUCGUCUUUGUGAGCACAGCUUGAAGCAAAAUUGCUUGGUUUUACCUCCUGUGAAUUACAAGAUUCCUCUGAGAUGGCCUACUGGAAGAGAUGUCAUUUGGGUUGCAAAUGUUAAGAUUUCUGCUCAAGAAGUACUUUCUUCUGGAAGUUUGACCAAAAGGAUGAUGAUGUUAGAGGAAGAACAAAUUUCUUUCCGCUCUGACUCACUCACGUCAGAUAACAUUGAGGACUACUCACAUCAAAUUGCUGAAAUGAUUGGGCUAAGAAGUUCUUCCAAUUUUAAACAAGCUGGGGUGAGAAAUAUCCUAGAUAUAGGAUGUGGAUAUGGUACCUUUGGAGCGCAUCUGUUCUCAAAAGAGUUACUGACCAUGUGUAUUGCGCCUUAUGAGGCUUCAGGUAGUCAAGUGCAACUCACACUUGAAAGAGGUCUUCCAGCGAUGAUUGGUUCCUUCAGUACAAAACAGUUGCCAUUUCCAUCUCUUUCUUAUGACAUGGUGCAUUGUGCGCGGUGUGGCAUUGACUGGGAUCUGAAAGAUGGCUUGUUCUUACUUGAGGCUGAUAGAGUCUUAAGACCCGGUGGAUACUUUGUCUGGACUUCGCCUCUUACCAAUGCCCGUAAUAAAGUGAAUCAGAAGAGAUGGGAUCUUGUUCAUGAAUUUACAGUGAAGCUUUGUUGGGAAUUGUUGUCCCAACAGGAUGAAACUGUUGUGUGGAAGAAGACUGCCAAAAGGAAUUGCUAUUUUUCUAGGAAACCUGGUUCAAGCCCGAGUGUAUGUAGCAAGGGUCAAGAUAUUCAAUCUCCAUACUACCGUCCACUCCAAACUUGUAUAGGAGGAGCUCAUAGCAGUCGCUGGCUUCCCAUUGAAGAGAAGUUAACUUGGCCAUCUCGGGCAAAAAUGAAUGAAAAGGAGCUUCAACCUCACGGACUGCAUCUAGAAGACUUGGCUGAAGAUAGUUCAAAUUGGAAUUCUGCAAUCCGUGAUUAUUGGACCCUUCUCUCCCCUAUUAUUUUCUCAGACCAUCCAAAGAGACCCGGUGAUGAGGAUCCUUCUCCUCCUUACAAUAUGCUCAGAAAUGUGCUAGACAUGAAUGCUCGCUUUGGUGGUUUUAAUGCUGCUUUACUGGACACUGGAAAAGCUGUGUGGGUCAUGAAUGUUGUGCCUACAAGCGGUCCCAACUACCUGCCUUUGAUUCUGGACCGGGGUUAUGUUGGUGUAUUACAUGACUGGUGUGAAGCAUUUCCAACAUACCCUCGAACUUACGACUUGGUGCAUGCUGAUGGUUUUCUCUCUCUAGAAAAAGGUUCCCAACGCAGAUGUAAUACUCUCGAUAUAUUUGUUGAGAUUGAUAGAAUUCUUCGGCCUGAGGGAUGGGUGAUUUUCCGAGACAAAUCUAAUCUAAUCGAGUCCAUGAGACCCCUUAUAGCACGACUGAAAUGGGAAGCUCGUGUUAUUGAAAUCGAGAGCAACAAUGAUGAGAAACUCCUCGUCUGCCAGAAGUCUUUCUUCAAGAGGCACGCAAAGUGAUCUACGACUACAGCCUUUAAGGUAGCUACCUGUGAUUAAAGAUUGAUUUAUUUAUACCACGACACAAGUCAAUAGAGAAAAUCAAAGUCUACAGAUUUUUGGAACAGAAGAGAAGUUCAGUAUACGAUAUAUUUUCUUUUUUAGUUGAAGCCAGCGACAAAAUUCCUAUGAAGCCGUAAGGCAACCAUAGGGCCCCUGUAAUUACGCGAUUGAGGCACAGCAAGAGUGAUUGUCAAGUAUAGAAUGAAUCAGUGUAUUCAGUACUCUUUUGUCUCGGUUUUAAGUUUUACGAUGUCUAGCAGAAUAAGCAAAGAGCGUCUGCUGCAGUAUAUACGAUGCUGGGGUGGCAAUUUUCAGUCAUUUUUUUUUCCUACCACCUACCUUACUAAAUCCAUCUAUAUUCAUUGUAGAAAGCUCAAUUAAGAAGGCAUUCAUUAGUAAUGCAAGUCUUGUAACACAAAAGUUGGGUACUUAUUGAAUGGUAUAUUUUCAAGAAUCAUUAAACCUCACUA